UUCUGACUUUCCUUUUACAUCCGUAAAAUCAAAUCAGAAAAACCCUAAAAUACCCGACAUCAACCCCACUACAAAAUCGAUUCUCCAUUGGUCCUCCAUCCAACACAAGUUUUGUUGAUUAGUAAUCAUUGAUCCUACUUAUUUUUUCUUGCUUCAGAAUCAAAUAAGUGAGGCUUGUGUAGUACACUAUUGUCCGAUGAGCAGAUACAUCAUCCUUCAGUCCUUCUAAUGGCUCCAAUACCACUUGUAGGGAUGAGAGAAAAUCAUGGAAACUAUUACAAUAGGUUUAGGUCUUGGAUUGUUGUCACUACUUGUUAGUGUCACUUGGAUAUUUCUCGAUUUAAAAAGGAGAAAAAUUCUGAAAUCACGGGAGAAGUUCUUCAAGCAAAAUGGUGGUAUGCUAUUAAAACAACAAAUGUCGUCCAAUUUAAAUAAGGUGUUUACAAUUGAAGAACUCAAAAAAGCUACCAACAACUUUGCAAAAGAUCGCAUCCUUGGAGUAGGUGGAAAUGGUGUAGUUUAUAAAGGGGUUCUACCAUAUCAGCGCAUAGUUGCAAUCAAGAAGUCAAAACAACUCGAGCAAAACCAAAUAGAAGAGUUUAUAAAUGAGGUUGUAACACUGACUCAAAUUAACCACAAGAAUGUGGUGAAACUAUUGGGUUGUUGCCUAAAGACUGAAGUUCCUUUAUUGGUCUACGAAUACAUAUCUCACGGUACCCUUCACCAUCAUAUACACACUAAAAAUGGAGAAAUGCCUUGGCUUUCUUUCCAAAAUCGAUUAAGAAUUGCAAUUGAAUCUGCUGAUGCCUUUAGUUAUCUCCGCUCUGCAACUUCUAUACCUAUCCUACAUAGAGACAUUAAAUCAGAAAAUAUACUACUGGAUGACUACUAUACAAUAAAGAUUGCUGAUUUUGGAGCUUCAAGGUUAAGACCUUUUGACCAGGCAGAUAUGAGUUCACUUAUACCAGGAACAUUGGGUUAUCUAGACCCUAAAGGCAUAAAAUUGGGAUUGUCAGACAAGAGUGAUGUCUAUAGUUUUGAUGUAGUACUCGCAGAGUUGUAGGAGAAUCGCUUAUUUCAAAUUCUCCAUCAUAGGGUUUUGAAAGAAGGCUCACUGGAUCCGCUUAAUUCCAUCGGUGAGCUUGUGGUUAGAUGCCUUAACACAAAAGGAGAAGAAAGACCAACCAUGAGAGAAGUGACAAAUGAAUUGGAAGGAUUCACUAAAUAUAUUUUCCAUUCUUGGGCUCAUCACGACCAAGAAAACAAUCAACUACAAAUGGAAGAAAUGAUCAGAGAACGGAAUGAUCUUUAUACUGUGAGAAUGCACACUUCCACCAAUUGUGAUAUACCAUCAAGUGUUCAACAAAUCUCUGAAUAUAGCAUGAGAUGUGAAGAAGACCCCCUCUUUGAUAAUUAAUUAUUUAAAUUUGAUAAUUAGUGUAUUUACAUGUUCAUUUGAUUUCAUUGCCAUUAAGAGCCCAACAGUUUAGUAGGAUAUUUGUAUUUUUAUUUGGAGUCUUUCGGAAACAACCUCUUUGCCUUCACAAGAUAGACGUAAGGUCUGGCAUAGACACCACCCUCCUCAAACUGUAUGUUGUAGUAGUUGUAUUCGUGUUUAAUUUGAUCUACUUUAAUAUUUACUUAUUGCUUAA